UGCAGUGUACAUUAUGGGAAUUUCAAUAUUGCCCGUUUAUUCAUAACUGUGGACGCUAUUAGCCAUGCGCAUUUGCUCCCAAACAAUCAUUUCAUUAAUUUAAACAUGAAAUGAUCAACUACACAUAUUUACGGGUAUUAUGGGUGGACUUCGCUGUACAUUUCUGGAAACAUAACGACACGGCAACAAUAAUUGUUCUGAAAACACUUCCAUUUAAUUUGAACAGAAAGUAUCUCACCAUAGAAAGAUUACUGUAAACUUGUUGUAUUGCUUGUUUUGGGGAAACGUGGAUUAAGGAAAACCGACAAAUCAUCGAAUCGAAAUGCGUACCAAAUAGUUCUGAAAAAAAGAAUCAUCGGGCUACGAAUAGCAACUAUUGAUGCAUUAAAUUGUUUGAGACGAAGAGAUAAGUUAUUGGGAUCCUAAUAGCUUUUAUCUAAAAUUGUAAUGGAUAAAAAUAACUGCCAAUGUUUUUAAACAAUCCAAGUGCGUGUUCUUAGUACCGGAUCUCAAACAAUGACAUAUGAUCGUGCGUAUCCUUAUGAUAAGCGGGAGUGUUAACAAUACUUACGUGAUGUCUAAAAAUUAAGUAUAAAUUGUUUACUAAAAUGUGAUCGAAAUAUCUAUACACCAUGUUUUAUGAAUACUUACAAAGCAAUCGACAAUAAUUAAACAUGGUGAAGGGAAUACAAUGUGUUUGGUCAGAUAUUGAUAAAUUAUGGAUUUUGUUCGAACAGAAAGAGUAUGGCGACGCCGAGAUAUCAGCCAUUGUAAGAUUCCUAGCAUCAACGUUUCACCAACGAUACAUUUACUUUUCUACAAAAGGUAACGGAUUCGAGUGUUGCGUUUUAUUGUCGACGCCAGAUGAAAUAAGCUUGAUGAGAGACAGAGGAUUGUUCUCCGAGUGCCAAGAGGUCAUGGGGACUGCCAUCUGCCGCGAAUUUGUUGCUUGUGUGAGUGAAAAUACGGGGCUUUGGCUAGCAAAGAAGUCUGGGGACAAUACAAAGCUCUUUUUUAAACUUGCAUCGAACAUUAAUAGUUCAGGCAAUCAACAUAAUCGCCGCUUUGUACAUUACGCAACUGUGCACAAUGUUAUGUUGAGAAAUUCACCUGUGAUCAUGCAGAUUAAACCAAUCAGAACACGGAAAAAUAAAAAUCAAACAGACGCAUACGUGAUUUCGUUGAAGAAAUAUAAUAAAAUACUGUGUCUCUUUCCAAAUGAUAAACAAACUCAUGAACGUCCGGCAAAUUAUCAAACCAACGAUGGAAAGCCGAUACAAGUUACUGAUGGUCGAGAACAAGCUACAGAACAGUCGUCCGCGAACGGUUCAAAUAACCAUGCUUCCAAUAGUGAUAUUUUAGUAGAUACUUCUACUGGAGAAAUACCUAAUAACAGUCCUCAUACAAACCGAAGUAUCGACAAUGUACUACGAGAUCAACAUAAUUCAUUUUCACACGUACAUGGAAAAUGCCGAUAUCCAUCUCAUGAUACUUACGAUACACGGAUCAGUUCAUUUGAAGGAUGGAACCAUCACAAACCAACAAAGGACGAAUGCGCACACGCAGGUUUCUUUGUUAAAGGGCCUGGUGACCUCGUGAGGUGCUUUUGUUGUGGCAUUGGACUGAAAGAUUUCAAUGAGGCCGAUGACCCCAUGGAGGAGCACAUCAAAUAUGCCUCAAAAUGUGCAUAUUUGGAGACCCUAUUCGGAGCUGAGGAGUUGAAACGUAGAUUGGAAGUUAUAAAAUCCAUGGAGCCCGAGAAUAUUCGACAAAUGCAGUAUAUGGAGUUCAAAACAAACCAAGGGAACGAUUUUUCAACCAAACCUUACCGACAUCCAGAAAUGUCUUCUUCUGAAAAACGCUUGGACACCUUCCGAAAUCCAAACUUUCAUAGCGUUAUUUCACCUCAACGAAUGGCAGGUGCUGGUCUCUACUUCACAGGAGAGGAUGACCUUGUGCGGUGUUUUGCUUGCGAUGGAGGAUUCCGCAACUGGGAAGUGUACGAUGAUCCCUGGACAGAGCACUGCAGGUGGUUUCCGUCCUGUAGGUUUUCACGAGAAGUCAAAGGAGACGCUUUCAUCGAGACAGUUCAAAGACAAACUACUGGAGCAAGACCCAGUUAUACAAACACAGAGACAGAAACUAGACAUCAGAAUGACCUUAUGAUGGACAGUGAAAUUGAGAUGUUACGCGUCACCAUAGUCGACGACAUGGGCUUCAGCGAUGACACUUUUAAAACAGCGAUAAGAGAAGUGAAGAAAAAAAAUGGAACUAUACCGAGCAUUGAUGACGUAAUCGCUUUAAUUGAAAUCAUGAACAUCCAAGGACCUGGUUCAAAUGGCGACACGUUCAACCAAGAGUGCGUUCAUGACGACCCACUUACGGAAAACCAGCUACUGAAGAACUUACUUUUGUGUAUGAGAUGCAAGUCCAAAGACGCCAAUGUCCUGUUCCUGCCUUGUGCCCACCAUCGGAUGUGUACGGACUGUGCACUUGGAAUCGAGACAUGUCCUGUUUGCCUGCAGAAGAUACAAUCAAUCGUCCAGACAUUCCUGUCCUAGUUUGUGCUUAAAUACACUUGAACAUUUAAAUAAAGGUGGAGGUUACUAAAGAGAAAUGUAAAGGAAUGAUGUCAAUAAAAUGAUGACAUGCCAAAGGACAUGCUUACAUCAUAUAUAGCUCUAGAGAAUUGUUUUACAGCUAAUUAAAAAGUAAUUCGGCCGGACUUCUAAACAAGAUAUGGCCAGAAAAUUCCUUGGUUCGAGAAGCUGUCUAUCUUGGACAUAAAAAUAUACCAAUUUACGUUCAUUUAGGUUAUGGAAGAAACAGAACGCUCAACGGAUUGGUGUAUAUAUGCAAAUUGAACUAAAUUCGAUGAAAAAUACAAGGGCAGUGGUAUCUAUAUAACUCCUUAUUAUCGAUUGAAAACAUUCAACCAACGAAGUUUAAAAUACUUAUUAGGUUGAGGUAUGGCUUGCUUUUAGGCAUGCGGCAUUUAAUAUGUUGUUUGCGGACUUGAGUUGUUAUUGAUCAAUCUCAAAGAAACUUACAGAGAAAGAUAUAGCAAGCUUGCAUAAAGAUUACUGUUACUAACAAUAGAAAGACACAGUUUCUAUAACUGGGGUUUGAAUGGGCUAAAAUUUUUAUUUAUGUAGCUUAAUGUAGAUAUAGCUUGGAUUGCAUUUAUAAAUCGUUUGGUCAAUACCAAGGUAACUGUUUUUUAAAUAGAAAAACCGUUUCCUUCUUCAUAAUUUUAGAUUUGUGUUUGAUUCUGAUUCUUGUAUGUCGGUAUCUUUCAUGCUAACUUUGUUGGGGUUGAAUUUGGGAUCAGCUUAAACAAGUUCAAUGUCAUUUUUUCUUGAAAUGGAAAACUGUAUACCGCUCAGUUACUUGAACCCCGAUUGAUGUAUUGCGCUUAUAUGUGUUUGUAUGUUGCUUUCAUAAAUAUCGUAAACGUUGCAUGCCUAUUUGCAUGACGUUAUCAUAUUUCUUGUCAUAUAUAUGUACUCGGUAAAUAAAUUUGAGAGAUCUAACAAUUUCAA